UGCAGCGUCGAUGCCUACUUAUGAGUUUCGAAGUCCGAUGGGAAGAAUUUGCGCAUAGAUAAGUAGACUUGGCGUAUUAUUUUCUUUUCGGCGGGAUCGAAGACGAUUGUGAUUGUUGAUCGAUCAUUGAUGGAUUGUGCAGAUAUUUACGGACACUCGAGUUAAUUUUGUCUGUUUGAAAACAUAUCAACAUGUUGGUUGAGGCAAAUGGUGCUGUAGGUGGAGCUAUCAACACUAAUGGACAGGCACAUAGCGAUGACGAUGAUCCUAAAAAGCCAAAAGAGGAGAUCCAAGAUGAUGAGAAUUAUGUCGAGGAUCAGCAGCCUAACAAAAGAGUUAAGACCGGAAAGCGCGAAAAGCAGGGGAAGAAAGAAACGAAGAAACCUGUUAGGCCCGCAGAGCCUAUUUGUGAAAUUUGCUUGCAAAAAUUAAAUGAUGAAGAUCUGAGGUUGUAUAUCGGUCAUCCUAACAAUGCCGUUGAUGAGUAUUCAGUACUUUUGGACCCAAAACUGUGUUUGUUUAAUGGAGAUGAGCUGGAUAUUACAGAAGGUGAUGCAAGGGCUCUUAACAAAGUUACUUGUUUCAGUGUUUAUGACAAAAAUGGUCAUUUAUGUCCAUUUGAUGGUGGUUUGAUUGAAAAAAACAUCAACAUUUACUUUUCUGGAUAUGUGAAGCCGAUUUAUGAUGACGAUCCUUCAAUCGAAGGUGGUAUACCAGGCAAAGAUAUGGGCCCCAUUGUCGAAUGGUGGGUGUCAGGUUUUGAUGGUGGAGAACAAGCUAUUGUAUCUUUUAGUACUGAAAUAGGAGAUUAUGUUCUCAUGGAUCCAUCAGAAGAGUAUGCCGCAUUUAUGAUUUCUGUUAGGGAAAAGAGCUUCAUGAGCAAGACAGUUAUUGAAUUCCUUUUAGAUGAAGAAAGUCCUUCAUAUGAAGAUUUACUAAACAAACUGCAAACUGUUGCAAUGCCAAAAGGACUGCCAAAGUUCACAGAAGAUAUACUUUUACACCAUGCGCAGUUUAUUUGUGAUCAAAUUGUAUCAUUUGAUGAAUCAGCCACUACAGAUGAUCCAUUAUUAAUCACUACCCCCUGCAUGAGAGCUUUAAUUGAUCUAGCAGGAAUAACGUUCAAUAAAGGAAAAACAGUGAGAAAAGGCAAAAAGCGCAAUAGUAGGCGCCAAGAAGACGAUUGGCGUAGAGGUCUCAUGCGAAAAGCCCAGAAAGAAAAGAAACCUAGCUGGACUAAAGCUACAGCUACCCAGCUUGUAAAUAAUGUGUUUGAUAGUUUCUUCCCUGACCAGUUAGCAAAUAAUAACACAGAUACGGUAGCGUUGAAGCGCCGUAGAUGCGGAGUUUGCGAACCCUGCCAGCAGCCCGAUUGUGGUGCAUGUUCAGCAUGUAAAAGUAUGAUCAAGUUCGGUGGUCCCGGUCGAAGCAAACAAGCAUGCGUUAAACGUCGAUGUCCAAAUAUGGAAAUUCAAGAGGCGAACGACGAAGAUCCCGAUGACCAAGAAGGACCUGAGCCAGACGCCGAACCUAGUAUAGUUGCAUACAGAAAAAAGCUGGGUAAUUUGAAAAGUAGAACCGGUAAAAUUGAGUGGGUUGGCAAACCUAUAGGCACCGACUCCAAAGGAUCGUUUUACAGUGCUGUUGAACUUGAUUCAGAAACUAUUGAGAUAAAUGACUUCGUUUUUAUCGAAUCAGUCGAUCCGACUGUACCGCUCCAAAUCGUCAAGGUGAUCUAUAUGUGGGAAAAUAAAAUGGGAAUAAAAAUGUUCCAUGCUACCUGGCUCUGGAGAGGUAGUGAAACAGUAUUGGGCGAAACAUCGAAUUCGAGUGAGUUGUUCUUGGUGGAUGAUUGUCAAGAUGUUCCUGUUUCGUAUGUGAAAUCCAAAACUACGGUAUUGCAUCGUGAUACUCCUGACAAUUGGAAUGAAUUAGGCAAUACUAGUGUUAAUAACAGUAUGGAUGAGUCUAAAGAAGAUAUCACCUCGUUUUACUAUCAAAAACGUUACGAUCCCAACAAUGCCAGAUUUGAAGACCCAUUGCCGGACUUGGAAUGCCGACCAGAAAUUAAAUAUCGUUUUUGCUCCGCCUGCACUCGCUGCACUUGUUUACAACAACAGAACAGGCCGCAAGUUUUUGACAAAUUGGAAGAAAAGAGUAGCAAAGAAGUUUUGUAUGGAAUGGUUAAAUUCAAAGAUGAGGAGUUCCGAGUCGGAAGUGCUGUAUUCUUACAGCCAGGCACAUUCAAAUUUAAAUAUCCACUUCCAUACCAAAAAGCUAACAGAACAAAGCGCGAAGUUGACGAGGACAGAUUCCCUGAAUAUUAUCGUAAAUUCAACGAUCGUGUCAAAGGUUCCAACUUCGACACUCCCGAGCCAUUUGAAAUUGGCUACAUCACUAGCAUAUAUGCUACCACAAAUGUAAAAUUGCUUGCGUCAACUAGUUUACACAUCAAAGUAAAAAAGUUAUACCGUCCAGAAAACACUUUCAAAAGUGAAUCUAUGAAGGGACGAUCAGAUCUGAACAUGCUGUAUUGGAGCGAGGAAGAAGUUACACUUCCGUUUACCUGUGUAGUCGGAAAAUGUUACUUGACAUAUUCCGAAAACUUGGACAUUAGUGUUGAAGAGUGGACAGUCGCGGGUCCAAAUCGUUUUUAUUUUACUCAGAUGUAUUCUCAUAAAGAAGAAGAAUUUGAUGAACCGCCGUCAAAAGCAUGCAGUAUCGGUAAACUUAUAAAAAAGAGCGAUAAAAUUAAAUCGAAGAGCAAGAAAGCAGACGCUCCAAAGCUAAUAGAUAUUCCUCCAGAUUUCCCGCAAAUCAAGAAAAAGUUGCGCACAUUAGACGUUUUCGCUGGCUGCGGAGGUCUAUCUGAAGGCUUACACCAAGCUGGAGUUGCAGAAAGCUCAUGGGCUAUUGAAGUUGACGAAGCAGCUGCACAUGCUUAUCGACUCAAUAAUCCUAACGCUGCCGUUUUCACUGGAGACUGCAAUGCAUAUUUGAAAAAAGUCAUGGAUGGAGAGACAAUGGCAGGUGGGCAACGUUUACCUCAACGAGGUGAGGUUGAUUUACUUUGUGGAGGCCCUCCUUGCCAAGGUUUCAGUGGCAUGAACAGAUUCAACUCUAGAGCAUACUCUUUAUUUAAAAAUUCUCUUGUAGUAUCAUAUCUUUCUUACUGUGAUUACUAUAGACCUCGGUUUUUUAUAAUGGAAAACGUGAGAAAUUUCGUAACGUUUAAAAAAAGUAUGGUACUUAAAUUGACAUUGAGGUGCCUUAUUCGAAUGGGAUAUCAGUGUACCUUUGGAAUACUUCAAGCAGGAAAUUACGGCGUUCCUCAAACACGAAGAAGGAUGAUAAUAUUAGCUGCUGCACCAGGUGAAGUUCUUCCUAAAUACCCUAAUCCUCUACAUGUAUUUAGUAAAUCGGCAUGCAACUUAAGUGUCGUUAUUGAUAAUAAGAAGUACUUCCCAACGUAUGACUGGGUUGAGUCAGCUCCAUAUAAAGUUACCACUAUUCGUGAUGCAUUAUCAGACUUGCCAAGUAUCAAGAGUGGCAAGAACGAAGAUGUUAUGAGUUACGGCAGUGAACCCCUAUCUCAUUUCCAACGAAAGUUGAGAGCCGGUGUAAGCGAUUCUCUGUUAUUGGAUCAUAUAUGCAAAGAUUUAGGUCCUCUGGUAGAAGCGCGUAUGGCUCACAUUCCAACUGUAAGCGGGUCUGACUGGCGUGAUCUUCCUAAUAUAGUGAUUCCACUGAGUGACGGAAAUCACACAAAUAAAUUAAAAUAUAAUUAUCACGAUAAAAAAGCUGGUAAAAGUUCUACCGGAGCAUUAAGAGGCGUAUGUAGUUGCUGUACUGGAAAAGAAUGUAAUCCACUUGAUAGACAAGAUAACACACUGAUCCCCUGGUGUCUACCUCAUACUGGAAAUCGUCACAAUCAUUGGGCCGGCCUUUAUGGUAGAAUAGAGUGGGAUGGCUUCUUUAGCACAACGAUUACUAAUCCUGAACCUAUGGGUAAACAGGGACGAGUUCUUCAUCCUGAUCAAACAAGAGUCGUAAGUGUGCGCGAAUGCGCUAGAUCUCAAGGAUUUCCUGAUAAUUUCCGAUUUUAUGGAAACAUACAAGAUAAACACAGACAGGUUGGCAAUGCAGUGCCUCCACCACUGGCAGCUGCAAUAGGCAUGGAAAUACGCAAAAGCGUUAGUAUAGCAGAAUCAUCAUCGAAUGUGAAAAAGGAGGAAAACUGAAUUCUUGAGAAAUUUCAAUUCUGGCAAUUGUAAUUCCCUUGUUACAUGUGUUCCAACUUCAUGCUCCGAAUUGUUAUACUCUCAAAUUUGUAAAAUUUAUAUUAUAUGCCGACUUUGGAAGUUUUAUUACAUGAUAAUUUAUUUUUUUGUUUAAUUAUAAGUUAUACCCAGUUUCAGCAUUGAAUUUGUAUAUGUUACUGCAUAUUGGACAAUCUAUUUCAGAAUUUUAGUACAAGUUUUACACUAAUGAUGACUUCAAAUUUAUAUCAUAUUUACUAUUGCUUGAAAAAAAAAAAAAAAUAAUCAUUGACUUGAUAAAGCUAAAUAUGAUUUUUUUGCUAGGACUGGGAUAUAUUAUGAAAAAUAUUGUCAAUAGCGCAUUUGAUCGCUGAACACAAAGAUUUACUAUUAUUUUAUAAUAAAUAUGAAGUUUUAUAUUUCCUAAUUACAACAAAUUAAUUGAUUAUAAUAUAUGAAUCUGAUUGUGAAGUGCCUUAUAAGAAGGAGUGUAAAUUGUAUUUUGUUUAUAAGUAUGGAAUAUAAAAUGCAACUUUUUUCAAUUUUUGUAAAUAUGACUGAUUUGUCAUAGUUGCCUUUCGACGAUAAAUUAGAAAAUAACUUGUUCAUGAAUCCUAUUACUUAAUACUUCAUUGUUCGAAUAAUAAAAAUAGAUAAAUGCCCUA